AUGAAACUGUGGACAGCCAGACCACUUGGUGCCCUCAGCAGAGCUUUUGUUCAUGUUCUACUUCAAGGUUCUCAAGAUACUGCCACUUUGCAAUUGGAGGACUGCCCAGAUGUUGACAUACGAGAGACCAUCAACUUGCUCAGUGGACAGUCUCCAUUGAAUGAGGACCAGUCUAGUAAAGUCCUGGAACUUUGUUUGUCUUGGGAUCUUCCUGGUCCAACAGUGGAAAAUAGAAGGUGGCUUUACGAACGUCUGCGGUCACAUGCGGUUCUCGGGAGAAGAGUACGCCAAAUCAAGCAACUCAAACGAGGACUGAAAGACACUUUUGUUUGGCCUCUUCUAACUGAGAGGAAGGAUGUGGUAUUCUUCCCCAAGGAAUCGGAGGACUCAUGCACUCCUGAGAUGCUGCUUUCACAUAUCUCCUGGCCUAGAGAGAGUGAUGAUGAAGAUGAUGAAUACUCAGCUGAUAUAAAGGAACGGAUCACAGGGUAUUUAAAGCAGUUCAUUGAGACAGCAUCCAGCAAGGAUUUAAAAAACCUUAUGAAGUUCUGGGUCGGAUGGGAGCAGAUGGAGGCAAAUAUGGCUGUGGAAAUUGUGAAAAGUGAUCUCCCAAAAUCCUCUACCUGCUUCUGUGUUCUCCGGCUACCAGGGCACUACAACAGUUUCCAGUCCUUCACCAAGGACUUGAUGAUGUGCAUUGGCACUUGCAAGUAUGGUUUUGGCCAUGUGUAAUUUUUAGACACAUGUACAUGUUACAUUUGUUACACAGUGAUAUACACUUUUAUUAAAUGCUGUUACUGCACUUAGGACCAAUUCUUUGUUCAAAUCCAGCUUACAAGUUUUUUUAUUUUUAUUUUUUUGGAUUGCUUUGUACAUGAUGCUUGUUGAUCAUGUUGUUAUUUUUUGAUACUAUGCUAUAAGAUAUAGUACAUUAAGUAAUGGGUUAAUGUUAUGUACAUGCAGUCACUUACACUAUAAACUUGUAUCGUUCCACAAUGGCUUUUUUCAUGCAUGGGCUCAUGCAGUGAUAUAGAAAUGUUGAAUGUUAGUUGUUCCAUAGCUUGUCAGAAUUUGCUAAAUAUCGUCAAGUACUUUAUUCUUUUAAAGUAUUAGAAUUUAUGCAAAAUGUAUAUUUAAACAUGUUCAAUGGAAGUACAAAUAUUAAAAAUAAGUCUAUUCUUGAAUAAAUCCAUAAUACACUGUGCUUAUUACUAACUGAUGGAAGUGUCAAAUCAAACAAGUACAAAUUAAACAAAAACAACAAUUCUUGCAUACAGGUUUUUUU